AUUAGUGAGUCAAGGCGCGAACGUGCUACAUUUCUGUGACUAGGAUUUUGUUCCGCUGAUCGGUGGUCAGUAUGGCCAUCGGCCGGAGGGGGAUUAGUAAAGCGUAAACAUAGCCGAGGCACAACGUCUGUUACGAUUUCAUGGGCAAGGCUAUUCCCAUUGUUGAGUGAUAAAACUGCCUGUGCUGGUAUUCAGUAUCCAAGAUUGUGUGGUGUUCUAGAAGGCCAAGUACUGUCUAUAGUGGUGUCGAGAGCCAAGGAAGACCCAGAGUGGUUAAUUUGGCCACAAGCGGCCCAUGGUGUUGUGAAGGGCGAAGAAUAACAUCACGUGUCCUGCUGGGCUAUCCGUAGAAGCUCAUCAUGUCAUUGACGGGGCUGACGGUGAUCACGAUCGGCUCCAAUUUGUGGAUCUUCUCCAUGCUGUUGUGGACGCUUUCUUAUGUUACGGUGAACUUCAUCUACAACGAGGCCAAGGUCACUACUGUGCAUCGUCUCGAGCCGGCGUACGAUUAUGUGGUGGUGGGCGCCGGGUCUGCUGGCAGUGUGAUCGCGACUCGACUCGGCGAGGAGGCUGGAGUGACGGUGGCAGUGGUGGAGGAGGGUGGCCACGAGAACGUAUUGUCGGAGGUGCCCGGCCUGGCGGGGGACCUGCAGCUCACCUACAUGGACUGGCAGUAUCGUGCACAGCCUUCCUCUACCACCUGUCUCGCCAUGAAGAACAACAGGUGCAACCUUCCUCGGGGUCACGUCGUAGGCGGUAGCAGCAGCAUCAACUACAUGCUAUACGUACGUGGAAAUAGACUGGACUAUGACCACUGGGAGGCACUCGGCAACCCUGAUUGGGGCUUCAGCAGCGUCUUUCCUUUUUUCUUGAAGUCAGAAGGCCACUCGGAUCCCGCCGACCCCAAAUACCACGGGGUGACGGGGCCGCUAACAGUGGAGAAGGCUCCUUGGACGACACCUUUGUCGGAUGCAUUCCUUCGGGCCGGACAGGAACUAGGUUACCCCGUGCUAGACGUAAACGCAGCAUCUCAGUCGGGCUUCAUGGUGCCGGACGCCUUCCUGCGUCGAAGUGCGCGAUGCUCUAACGCAAAGGCCUUCUUGAGGCCUGGAUCGCGGCGCCACAAUUUGCACGUGGUCCUCAAAACCCUCGUUACCAAGGUGAUAAUCGACCCGUCCACCAUGCGUGCCACAGGCGUGGAGCUGAGCGAUGGCAUGGUGGUGGAAGCGCGCCGGGAGGUGGUGGUCUGUGCCGGCGCCAUCAACACGCCACAGCUCCUCAUGCUUUCAGGCAUCGGGCCCGCUACUCACCUCGAGAGUCUAAAAAUCCCCGUAUUGAAGGAUCUGCCUGUCGGUCGGAACCUGCAGGACCAUGUCGCUGCGAGCGUCGUCUUCACCACCCAGGAGCCCGUGUCCCUCCUCCAGCACCGCGUCGGCAACGUGCCCUCAGCCCUGCAGUAUGCCCUGCUUGGCACGGGCCCGCUGGCAUCCCUCGGCGGCGUGGAGGGCAUUGCUUUCGUCAACACCUCCUACGCUAAUGUCUCCGUGGACUGGCCUGACGUACAGUUUCAUUUCGUGGCCGGUUCGUACGCAUCGGACGGUGGCCGCCACCUACGCUAUACCCUUGGCCUGAAGGAGCAAUACUGGGCCACCUAUUACAAGCCGCUGACCAUUCGUGACCACUUCAGUAUCAUUGUGGUCCCCACGAGGCCCCGCAGCAGAGGCUACGUCCGGCUGCUGUCUCGCGACCCCCGCCGCUACCCCGAGGUGGUGACCAACUACCUGAGCGAGCAACACGACGUCAAGGUGCUGGUGGAUGGGAUGCGCCUCGCCUGGCAGCUGGGCAACACUCAGGCAUUCAGAGGGUUCGGAGCCAAAUAUUACGAUGGUAUUGUACCAGGCUGCGAGCAUUUGAAGCCCGCCACUUCCACCGCGUGGGAAUGCAUCGCCCGCCACUUCACGCUAGCUUUUUACCACUUGUGUGGCACAGCCAGGAUGGGCCCACCAGGCCACCCAGACACCGUCGUGGAUCCUUCCCUCAAGGUGGUGGGUGUGUCUGGCCUGCGGGUGGCGGACGCGUCCGUGUUCCCGACAAUACCUUCGGGGAACACCAACGCGGCCGUGACCAUGGUGGCGGAGCGGGCGGCGGCCCUCAUCCUGCAGGAGCGGCGGAGUCUGCAACAGGCGGCGGUCGCCACCCUGCCCGCACAGCCUGACGGCACCACGUCUGCCUUGGAGAAGAGGGCAAGGACGAAGGCCGUGAAGGACGCACACUAUGAUCUGUGAUAUCCUUUCGCUUUUUACACCUUUGGCUUGUUUAGUGUUCUCUGUCUCAACCGCUUUCACUUUCGUCCUUAGUUGGUAUUCCUACCUCGUCCUCACCCUCUGGCUCCUUGGCAUGCCUGUUCCGCCGACCCGUCCAAGUGUCCUCCACUCUGCCCUAAAUUCUCUUUCACUCUCACUUGUUCCUUCCGUUUUCUUCCGUUUGACUUUACAUUAGUCCGUCAAUUUGCUUACUCAUAUCGAAACCUAUCCUUCGUGCUGUCAUUUGUAUUUAAUGUACUCUACACCUCCUGA